GAUUAGUGAAAAGCCUUCAAAAUCGUUAGUUGUCUGAGAUUGAGGCAAAGACGAUCUACUUCCUAGCACAAUGCCUCAAGUCAAAAACCCUAAAACUAGGUCCGAUUCAAUUAGUUUAGACUCGAUUCUAGUUCGUAUUGGACAAUUCGGAAAGUUUCAAAUAUUAAAUUACAUUCUUUUGUGUAUACCGAUUUUAUUAAAUGCAAUUUUGACAAUUUCGUAUGUUUUUAUUGCGAGUACAGUUGUUCAUAGAUGUCAAGUUCCAGGUUGUGAUAGCCAAAAUAGUACUUAUCAAGAAUCAUGGGUGAAUUUCGCAAUUCCGAAAAAUCUUAAUGGUGAUUUGGAAAAUUGUCAAAGAUAUGUCCCAAUGAGUGAUAAUGGAAGUCUUGGUGCGGAAGUUUGUUCAAAGGACUAUUAUAAUCAAAGUAUUGUGGAGGAAUGUGGAACGGACUUUAUAUUUCGUGAUAAGGAAGUGACCAUUUCUAACGAUUUUAAUAUCUAUUGUGGAGAUGAAUGGAAACUAGCUUUGGUUGGAACAAUCAAUAAUGUUGGACAGUUUAUUGGAAUACCUCUUGGAGGAUAUCUUUCUGACAGCUUUUUCAUUCUAAUAUUCGAUAGUUCAAAUCAUUCGAUAGUUCCCAUCACUACUUCUGAUAGUUACCUUUAUUUGAUAAUGUCUCUUCUUCGUAGAUAUGGCCGUCGGAAUAUAUUGGCAAUCUGUGGUACCUUGAGUGCUGUUAUGGGAGUAGCUCAAUCUUUUACAGUUGACUACUUUACUUUUAUGGUCUUUGGAUUGUUGACCAAUAUUUUUGGUUCUUCACUUUAUUCAAUAGUUUAUGUUCUAGGACUUGAAAUGGUUAGUCCUGAAAUACGAGUAAUUGGUUGCACAAUUAUGACAACCGUUUAUGAUAUUGGACAAUUUUUACUUGCCGUAGUUGCCAAGUACUUCCCCAAUUGGCGACUCAUCCAACUGAUAUUCUUCAUUCCUUCCUUGUUUCAAAUUGUGUUCCUUCUGGUUCUUCCAGAAAGUGUUCGAUGGCUAUUGUCACAAGGUGAAGAGAAAAAAGCUACAAAAAUUAUUAAAAAUAUUGCCAAAUCCAACAAUCGAAAGUUAUCAGAACAAACUGUGGAUAAGCUUCUUCUAACAUUUCGGUACAAACUUGCUGAUACAAAUGAGGGUAAAUUUCCAAUUAAAGAAACUUUUCGAUCGUUGUUUUGGAGAAUUGCUAACUGUUCGCUAUGUUGGUUUACCAAUGUCCUACUCUAUUAUGGAUUGAAUAUGAAUUUGGUCCUUCUUGGUGGUAAUAAGUAUGAUAAUUUUAUGCUGGUAUCAUUGGUUGAAAUACCUGGAAUUUUAAUACCAUUUUGGACAAUGAAUCGUUUUGGUAGACGAUAUUCAUUGUUUGGAUUUAUGAUGAUAAGUGGGAUUUCUAUUGCGACGACAGUUUUUGUUCGAUCGGGUGAGAAAUUUUUAAACAGAAAGUCACAAGAACACUAUUUAAAAACUUUUUUUUUAGAACUAUUUUAUCUUCAAUUGGUGUUAUUUCUACUGGGAAAGUUAGGAAUUGCUGCUUCAUUUCAAGUGCUGUAUUUUUUCACUUCUGAAAUAUUUCCAACAAAUGUUCGAAAUAGUCUGCUAUCAUUUUGUUCGAUGGUUGGGAGAUUUGGAUCAAUGGUUGCUCCGCAGACACCUGUUAUUGCAAAGUUCCAUGAAUCAGCUCCAGCUAUAAUAUUUUCUGGAUUUGGGAUUUUAUCAGCUGGACUGACUUUAUUCUUUCCUGAAACAAAUGACAUGGUAUUGCCAUCAACACUGCAAGAAGCUGAACAAAUUGGUCAAAAGAACAAAGUUGAGGAAAUUGAUAUUGAAAGAACGUUAUUGAAGCCGAUGUCUUGAGGGUUAAGAAAAGGCUUGUUAAUGAGAUAGUAGAAUAAU